AUGCCCUUGAGCGGCACCAUUUUUGAACUCAUUCGACCGCCUAUGCUCGACAAGCUCAAACUCGAGUUCGUGCCGGCCGACGGUAAUCGGCUCGCUAUCAAGAUCUCUCCACCUCCGCCGCCGCCGCGUGCCGACAAGCAGGCGCGUGCGUGCGGCACCAAGGUAGCCCUCGCGAAGGACAUCCCCGUGGCAGAGUCUGGCGCGGAGGCCUUCCUCAAGGAGGUCCCCAAGAAGGACCUGACCGCGUUCGACUCUGCCAAGGCCGUGUCUGCCGCCCACAAGCCGAGCGCUUUCGCCGACUGGACGACCCCGUCGAACCCGCGCCGCAACAACGGGCGCGAGGGUGAGGCCAAGGAGUCUCCAGAGGAGAAGCUCGCCACGGCGGGCAUCGACGAGUGGAAGACCGGCAAGGGCGAGCCCAACCUGGUCGACUGCUCCAAGAGCACCACCUCGAUCGACCCACCGACGGCCCCCAGCGGCGUCACCAAAGAAGAUCCGGCUCUCGAGCCGGCGGCGGCCGGCGACGCGCCGCUGCCGUCGAUGAAGGAGUUCCCGGCGGCGCGCACCUUGCAUUCUGCGCCGUGCGGCGACGCCGACCGGACCGUCUCGGCCAAGGAGUCUCCGGGGGGCAUCUCCGGCUGGACCAACCCGUCGAAACUGCGCCGCAAGAAGGCGCGCAAGGGCUCGUCCGCCCGGGUCGGCCGCGUCGAGAACGUCUCCUGGGUCGGCGGCAAGAACCGGUUCGGGGCCCUGCUCGGAACGAACGGCAACGAGGACGUCGGUGGCGGCGGCAAGGUGGCCCACAAGGCGCGGCCGCCCCGCGGCUCCACGCCGCCGACCACGGACUCGGGCAUGGUCGAGACGACCACAGUUCCCACGCUGGACAGCUCCGUCUCGGCCUCCGGCCGGUUCUCGUGGCCCAAGCUCUGCCCGUCCUACAACUUGCUCCGCCUCUUUGCCAUCCUCGCGCUGAUCUGCCUCGGAGCCGCGUUUGCGCACUCCUCGUACUCUGCCACUUCCGCGCUUCUCUCCUCGCAGCGGUACGACUCCCCGUGGCCGACAUCGCCUCUCGCGACCGUCGCAAAGCCGUUCACGCCGGCAUCGCCCAACGCUUUCUGCGAGGUUGGCAGCAACGACGCCAGCUCGUUUGCAGCCAUCGUAUCGUCGGACAGCGCGCCCGCCAACCACCCGGGCGGACGCGACGAGGGGCGCUCGUGGGAAGCACUGAUGGACGAGAUCGGCGAGGCAGUGGGCGAGCCGUUGCACCUAAUUGGCGAGCCGCUGGCGUCCGUCAAGGAAAUUUACGAGAAGCAGCCGGGCGGGGCCGACUUGGAGACCGUCCCGGCCUCGCGCAACAGCAUGGAGCGCAAGGGCGAGCCUGAGAUCGACCUCGUCGGUCCCGUCUACAGCAACAGGACGGGGAUCAUCGCUCGGGGACGCGACACCGUCUUGCCCGUGAACGACACGUCGCCCGAGUUGCGGCCCGCCGACGCUGGGAAGCCUGGGAUGCUGGAGGUGCGGAAGCUGGUCGAGACUGGCCUCGGCGCGCCCGUCGCUAGCAUGCACGCCGGUGGCGAGUGGCGGGCGAACGACGGAUUGACGGACGCUUCUCGAGUCCCAACCAAGGACCUCUUCCUCCAGCGUUGCCGGGCCAUCGAACCUCUUCUCGCGGCCACGCUUGAGGGGCCGGCGUGGCCUGCAGAGGUCAGCACCGUCGCCGACUCGAACGCGGUCGAGUCAGAUAUCUUCUCGGUCCCAAGUGUGUGCGCCGAUUGGCAGCCGCACUGCGCCGCCCUUGCGUGGCACGUGGAGCCUCGCCACGCGCUCACCGACGAGCUCUGCAAGACCGACAAGCCUCCCACGGGCCCACCGGCCGACGAGCGCUCCAUCGAGCUGCCCUCCCCGUUCCACUUUCCCUCCACGAGCGGAACCUCUUCUUCCGCGCCUGGCCGCGCCCGGCAGCGCGGUCAGCGUUUGGCCGCCUUGUUCUUGCUGCUCGGAGCGUGCGGCGGGCUGCUGAGGCAGUGGAUGUGGCCGCCGCGCUACGGUGCGGCCUUGCUGCGGCGGACCAACUCGGGAGGGCGCCUCGUGCGGUGCCGGACGGGGUCGAGGCGCGGCGCGUGGCUGAUUCUCGUCGCGCUGCUUCCGCUGGCAUGUGCACCGCGUCCCUCAACACCGCCACCACUGCCUCCAGUUUCACCGCCUCUGCCGCCGCUCGCCCCCGGUUUUGUCGCCGCGGCGAGCGAGGCCGAGCUCCGCAACCUGAUCGAGAACGAAAACGCCCCUGUGUGCUUACUCUCGGACCUCAUGGGAAUCGUCCGAGCCCUAAACCAGGCCUACUGCCGGGUCGCGUUCAGUAACGCAAUCAGUGAGGAUGAAGACGUCUCGGAUGAGCUCUUCUGCGACUGCACGGCCACAGUCGAUCCAGCUGUAGCGGCUACGUUCGACUGCCGCCCUACCGAAACCUCCGAGUUCUCGAUCCUUGGGCGGUACAGAGCGUGCUCCGGAAUUGCUGCGAAGAGCGUCUCAAUCUACUUGCCGCCCAGUGCGCACUUCGAGCUGAGCAGCCAGUUCAGGUGCACCUCCAGAACCAAGGAGGGCGGCGUCGUCUACGCGUGGAACAGCGGUGCGGUCUCGAUAACCGAGUCGGCCGUGAGGGACUGCUCGGCUGGCGAUUACGGCGGCGUCGUCUUCGCGUGGUACAGUGGUGCGGUCUCGAUAAUCGGCUCGACCGUGUCGGGCUGCUCUGCUGGCUUGCACGGCGGCGUCGUCUACGCGCGGGACAGCGGGAUCUCGUUGUACCGCACCCUCUCCCGCGCCGAGACAUGGGGCCGCUUCAGAGCACGUCUUGACAUCUGCGAGUCGCAGGUCGGCUUCCAGCCCAAGUUCAAGAUCCUGGUCAGCUUCUACCAGAUCGCCGCGACGCUCGGCCCCGUCUACGGCGUCCGCCUCCACGAGGACUUCACGCGCUGGACCGACUUCAUGGACGCGAUCAGCCUCGACCUAAUCGGCCUCACCUAUCCGGAUGCCUGCAUCGGCUCGAUGGGAGACCGGCUCCUGCUCGCAGGCUUGUGGCCGAUCUUCUCCAUCAUGCUCGGAGGCGCCGCCCUCGCCUGCUGCGCCCUCGCGGAGUGGCUUCUGUCUGGUCGCGCCGACGCCCUCCGGCGCGACCUUGUGCGCGCUACGCUGCGUCGCCUCCUCUACUGGGCUAUCCUCGUCGCCUACCUCGUGCUGCCCUCUGUCUCCCGCUCCAUCUUCAAGGCGCGGCAGUGCGAGUCGUUUAAUGUCGACGACUUGACAGCGGAGAGGCGCAGCUACCUCGUUGCCGACCUCGACGUGCUCUGCAGCGCCGACGACGACCAGUACAGCGGCCUCGACGCGUACUUCUGGGCCUUCUUCGUGCUCUGGCCGAUCCUGUUCCCGCUAGCCUUCCUGGCGCUCCUGCUUUCGAUCCGCUCCGAGGUGCGGGCGCAGCGAGUCAGGGCCACGGCCCGCGCUUGCCGCUUCCUCUGGCGCGACUACGAUCCGCGCUUCCUCUUCUGGGAGGUCGUCGAUCUGGGCCGCAAGCUCUUCCUCGCUUCACUGGUGCUCUUCAUCCAGACAGACACCGGGUCGAGCAAGAUCCUCCGCCUCUUCGUCGCCUCUGUUGUCUCAGCCCUCUACCUCGCCGCUCUCACCCUCGCCCGGCCCUUCAAGCGUGACGACGACCUCUACCUCGCGUGCACCGCCAAUCUGUUUCUCGCAUGCUGCUUCAUCUCCGGCAUGAUGAUUCAGCUCUGCGAGAGCGCUGCUUACGAGGACAUGUGCAAGGCCCUCGUCGGCUUCGACAGCGCGCGCGUAGCGAGUGAGUUUGUCAUUGCGCUCACCGCCGCAAUGCUGGCCGCGUCGCUGCUCGUCGUCCUCUUCAAGACUAUCAGCGCCGUCCGCAUGCCCACCAUCCGCCUCUACUCCUCCGGCCGCCCCCCAGUCCUCACGCUGCCGCGCACAUGCCACUUCCACGGCUUCAUCUCGCACUGUUGGGGAACCGGCCAGGACCAGACGCACACCGUCGUGAGGCAGCUCCAGCUUCUUCUCCCCGGCGUCCGGAUCUGGCUCGACGUCGACAAUCUCGAGGACGUGGGCAGGCUCGAGGAGUCGGUCAGAGACGCGACGACCUUUCUCGUCUUCCUCAGCGCGGGCUACUUCAAGAGCUUCAACUGUCGCCGCGAGCUGUACGCUGCGCUAGGCUCGAACCGGCCCUUCAUCCCGAUCCAGGAGGCUGACGUCGACAAGGGCGGCGCCUCGAUCGAGGCGCUGAAGGCAGAGUGCCGCGAGCACUGCGUCGAGACCGCCCCGCCGGCCUACCCCUCCUAUAGCGGGCCAGGCGAGAUGCUCGCGCGCGUGUUUGAGGCGACGCCGCCGAUUGUGUGGGUGCGGGGGAACGCCUUUCAGCUCGAGUCGCUCAAGGCUGUCGCGCUUCGCAUGCUGUUGCACUCUCCUUACUAUGCGAGCCGCCCGGCCGAGCUUGCUGCAGGAGUGAUGGUGCCCGGCCAGGCGGGCCCCGUUGCCUUCAGCGGCCCCGUCACCAUCCUCGUGUGCCGCGACAACGAGAGCGCCGUCGGCAUUGCAAGGGCGCUCAAGACGGCGGCGAGGGAGGGGCGCGACCGCCAUCUCGGCUCUACCGCCAGCGCCGAGACGGUAACGAUCCGCGAUGCGGAGGAGGCGCUCGAGGGAGUCAACGCGGCCCCGCUCUCCGGGCACGUAGUGUUUCUGCUCUACCUGAACGAUAAGACCUUUCUGGACGCCGGCGGCGCCGUCGCGCGCCUCGUGCAAGCGGCGAUGGACCGGCGCAUCGCGGUCGCAAUGGUCCACGAGCAGGACCCUACCUGCGGCGGCGUUCCGUUCCGCAACUUUUUCCAGCAGACGCCGCAGGUGCUGCUGCAGCAGCCGUACAAGCUCUUCGACACGGUGGCGGUGCCGCUCUUCCCGGCUCCGGAGCACCGCACGGUGAGCCGCCGCCUCGCGCUGUGCAGCAUGGGAGCGGUGCCGUGCGAUGCGGGGCCGCUCUGGCGGCGGUGGCAGCUCCUCCGCCGCCGCAUAGCGGUGGCUCGCCUCGUGCGGCGGCACCCCGCCGAGCCGCGCCAGCAGCCUGUGGUACAGCCGUAG